GAUUUGGCUUCUUUUUAGGUUUCAGUGACCCCUUCAGUAUUAUCUUUCUUUUUAGGUUUCAGUAUUUCCUUUUUUAUGUUUCAAUGUCUCUUUUGUGGAAAUUAAGGUUUUGUCUUCGUUUCACCCUUCAAACGCGUGGGAUUUUGAAGACUGAGUCUUUAGACAUCCCAAAUGAUCCUUACGUCAUGUAUGCGAAUCCUCAAGGCGAAAUUACUACGGCGUUGAAUAUUGCUUGUCACAAAUCUUUUGAAUGUAAAAUUAGGUGGACAAACAUAAUAUUACCCAACGAUCAAAUUGAUUUUGUAUUUUCAGAACCGACAAUGAUAUUUAGCGCUGAUGUUUUCCAUUCCGGAAGAGGUGAUAAUAGGCCAAGUAUUGCAGCUGUAUGUGCCUCAUUGGAUUCAAAAGCUACCAAAUACGGAAGAUUUAGUGUUAAUAAAGAUCCUUGA